AUGCUCGUCGUCGAAAGCAGUCCAAACCUCGGCCUCACCUCGGCCUUCUGCGGCUCGCAGUUUGACGACAGCCCACUGACGAGAGAGAGAAUCCGGGGAGUGGUGGAAACGGCGACGACCUCCGGCAGGCGGUGGGUCCCGGCGUAUUGUGGCGCCUCGGAUGUUCACGAUGAACCCCAUCUGUACGCGAGAUCUUCUUGCUCCCGCACCAUUUCCAGGGAGGACUGCACUGCUUGUCUCGAGGAAGCCGGGGCUCGACUGAUGGAUCGCUACUGCAAGGAUCUGUAUGGUGCGCAGGUCACUCUUGUGGAUUGUUUCUUGAGGUAUGAGACCUCGCGAUUCUGCUAG